AUGGCCACACCAAGUUUGAUUCCAUUGGUGGAUACAACACCGAGCAAAGAUUUGUUGUUAAGCGCCGCAAGAAUUACUCCUGUCCUAGUUCCAUCUAGCAAUCUCAGCAACACCGUCUCUACCAUCCCAAAGUCAUCCAGCUACUACGUCUUAGUAGCAGACGAUGAGAGCUUAGACAGCGCCAUUAGUUACCUCAAUAACGGCGCAUCAGCUAUCUUCGCUUCUGUCGAAUUGGCUGACAGAUGUAUCUCUGCUGGCGUCCCUUCAGAAAAGCUCUAUGCGGUCUCUAGCAGCACUGAUAUUCCAGAGGAUGUCCUCAAAGGCAUCAAAGGUGCCCUUAUCAAGAUUUCUGGCGUAAAUUCAGCCACCCAACUUCCGAAACCAAAGGUUACUCUCUACUUAGACGAAUCUAAGAUUAUCCCAACCGAGAAGACAGUUGCUUCCUUACACAAGAGCAAUGCUGCGCUUGCGGUGCCACUAUCUCAACUCACCAACGACGCCACAUCCUCAUCCAAGUUGAACAUCACAAACGCAUUCUUGGCACCAAUCACGACCGAUAGACCAGAUGGUUUGUUCAGCACCAUCGUGUCAUCCUACCUUCACGGUGGAAAGUCAUUAGGAUUGUGCUAUUCAUCAAAGGAGUCAAUAGAAGAAUCCGUCAGAACAGGCAGAGGUGUCUACCAAUCUCGCAAACAUGGAUUAUGGCGCAAAGGAGAAACAAGUGGUGCUAUCCAAGACGUCGUUAAGAUCGACCUAGAUUGCGACUCUGACUGUCUCAACUUUGAGGUCAUUCAACAUGGCGCUGGGUUCUGUCAUUUGGACACGCCAACUUGCUUCGGUCAAUUGAGCGGCUUAGCUGCUUUGGAAGAGACUCUUGUUUCACGCCACCGAUCAGCACCCGAGGGUAGUUACACUAAGAGACUGUUCAACGAUGAAACUCUUCUCAGAUCAAAGAUUAUGGAGGAAGCUGAUGAGCUAUGUGCUGCAAAAUCCCAAGAGGAUGUUGCAUUCGAGGCAGCCGAUUUGAUUUACUUUGCAUUAACAAGAUGUGUCAGCAAGGGUGUCAAUCUCGCAGAUAUCGGUCAUGCAUUAGACAAAAAAGCUGCUAAAGUAUCGAGACGACCAGGAAAUGCUAAGCCUAAAUAUCUUGAGCAGGCUCAAGCUAAGAUUACCCCAGCUCCUGCACCAUCGACCACCCAACAACCUCAACCAACAUCAUUUGGUAACGAUUUGAUUAGAAUGCGCAAGACUAAGCUGGACGGAAUUGCCGAAGAGGAGCGCCUGCAGUUGUUGCGUAGACCUGUAUUGAACUCAGGCGCAAUGAUUGAUCGUGUCAGACCAAUCGUUGAAGGUGUUAGUACUAAAGGUGACAAGAGCUUGCUUGAUUUCAUUGCCAAGUUAGACAAGGCAGACCUGAAGUCGCCUAUUGCACGUGCGCCAUUUGAGGAGCCAACAAUCCAACAAGAUGUCAAGGAAGCAAUUGAUAUCGCUUAUGAAAACGUACGUAAAUUCCAUGUUGGUCAAGCAGAGAAGGAGCCUUUAGUCGUUGAAACCAUGCCGGGUAUCGUUUGUCAAAGGUUCGCUAGACCAAUCAGCAGGGUUGGUCUGUAUGUGCCAGGAGGUACAGCAAUCUUGCCCUCCUCUGCUCUCAUGUUGGGUGUACCAGCGCAAGUAGCAGGAUGCAAGGAAAUAGUAUUGGCAACUCCGCCAAAACCUGAUGGCAGCAUUGCACCAGAAGUACUCUACGUCGCAAAGAAGGUCGGCGCGUCUGCCAUUCUCAAAGCAGGAGGUGCACAAGCCGUAGCAGCUCUCGCUUAUGGUACAGAGACAGUGCCAAAGGUUGACAAGAUUUUUGGUCCUGGUAAUCAAUGGGUUACCGCCGCUAAGAUGUUCGUAUCGACGGAUGCUGACGCUCAAGUCGCUAUUGAUAUGCCUGCUGGUCCAUCGGAAGUACUGGUUAUUGCUGACAAGACAGCCAAUGCUUCCUACGUUGCCAGUGACCUUCUUUCACAAGCUGAGCACGGUGUCGACAGUCAAGUUGUGCUGGUGACGAUCGAUCUCAGUGAGAAGGAGAUAGAUGACAUUGAGAAAGAGGUUGAACAGCAAGCUAGAAAGCUGCCACGUGUCGAUAUCACCAGAAUUUCGGUAUCAAAGAGUUUAAUCGUAUCAACUAGUGACGUCAAAUCCGCAUUCGAUUUCUCGAAUGAUUACGCUCCUGAGCACCUCAUUCUUCAUAUUGACAGUGCGUCUGAGAAGGUGCCGAUGGUCGAAAAUGCUGGUAGUGUGUUCGUUGGACAAUACUCUCCAGAGAGUUGCGGUGAUUAUGCAUCUGGCACCAACCACACACUUCCAACAAACGGGUUUGCUAGACAGUAUAGUGGUGUAAACACUCUUUCAUUCCAAAAGCACAUUACUUCACAAGAACUUACUAAGGAGGGAUUAGAUAAAUUGGGGCCAGUUGUCGUAAAAUUAGCUGAAUGUGAAGGAUUACGCGCGCACGCCAAUGCCGUACGAGUAAGACUCGGUAUGCAAUCACCAUAA